AUUUAUUUUAGAGCAGUUCUUGUAACCGAAACAACGGCUCGUUGGCUCGGACAUCCUCAUCAUUACAAUCGGAAAUGCAGCCUUCAAUAAAACCACCCUGCGCAAAACUACAAGAAUAACCCCCUCCCCCUACAUACCAACAAGAUCGCGAAAUGUUCGCGCCAAAAUGACGUGCAGUGUCCAGCCCCUGGGUCGGUGACGUAACUGCCCGUGUCCAAGCGCUGCACCGCCCAGAUUUCAAACUUGCAGCUCGGGCGCUGAUUGGCUGGGACGGGAGUCAUUUGACCAACGGUCGCGGGAAGCCGCGUAGUGGGCUGCGGAGAGGAGUGAUUCGAAUUAAUUCAGUAAACAAACGCAUGUCGGGGUAGCGGCAAAAAAAAAAACACACAACUUUUUUGGGGGGUUUUGUUUGACAAGUGACUGUUCUCCGGAAAGCUGAUCAGCUUACUAUCUUCCAGAGGAGAACGAAAGGGAAAAGAGGAGGCUUCCUCGAACAGCCUGGUGUAGCGCAGCGAGCAGGAGUGGGAGCCGUGCGUGCAGCCAUUUUCCACUAGCCGUGUCCGGCCCAGGCAGGGUAGCGAAGCUCCGCCUGCGGGCUCGCCGGUGGGAGACCCAGGGGAAGAGGGACUGGACCAGCGCCGCGCUGACGCGUCCGAGUCCGCUGGGUGCCUCGGGGUGACAGGGCUCCGGUUGUGUGGGGAAGCUCGGUGACCCGGCGCCGCCGCUGAGACCCCCUUCCAGCCGCGCCGCGGACUCUGAUCGCCCGGGGAGGGUCUCCUCGGGCCCGGUGUUCUUGUGAGCCACCAUAUGCAUUCCGGCUCGGAUCGGCGGCCAGCUGUGUGUUUGUCUUAACUCCUGUGUGCCUGGCUGAGACCCACCGGGCCUUUUGCGCGGUGCAGGGGGAGAUGAGCUUGCGCGCUGCCUCUCCGAAGAUGGGGCCCAUCCGGCAGAAGCUGCAGUUUUCGCCCAGCGACGGGGAAGACGACCCCGUGGAGGAGGACGGCAACAGCACGGGGGCGGACUCGGCUUUCCAGGAGCUGGACUCGCCGGUGCAGCCCCGGCAGAGAGCGGCGAAGAAGAGGAGCGAGGAGCCGGGGGACAGCCCCCGACGCCUCCACGGGGAGGAGGAGGAGGAUUUCUGGGACGAGGAGGGGCUGGGCUCGCCGUCUCCCGUGAAGUCCCCCGGCUCCUUCCUGAUGGAGUCCCCGUCCCCCAGGAAGAGCUCCUCGGCCUGCCGGGGGUCUUCCCCGGGGGGCGCCUACGGCCGGGAGGAGCGAGAGGGCUCCAGCUCUCCCGUCCCGGACUGUCCCGACACGCCUCCCCACAAAACCUUCAGGAAGCUGCGGCUCUUCGACACGCCGCACACGCCCAAGAGCCUGCUGUCCAAAGCCAGCGCCCUGGGCUCGGCGUCCGUGCGCCGCCGAGGGGCUCUCUUCAGGACCGCGGAGCCCCCCAGCAAGGGCGCCUCCGGGGGCAAGAGCCAGCAGCCGCCGCACAUCAACAUCAACCCCUUCACGCCGGACUCCCUGCUCAUCCAGUCCGCCGCCCUGCAGAAGAACAGCAGGAAGCGGACCCACUGGAACGAUUCCUGCGGGGAGGAUAUGGAAGCAAGCGAUGGAGAAUUUGAAGAUGAGCUCUUUCCCCCGUCUAAGAGGAUUACUAUAACUGAAAGCAACAUGAAGUCCAGAUAUGCAACGGAGUUCCAUGAGCUGGAGAAGAUUGGGUCUGGAGAGUUUGGUUCGGUGUUCAAGUGCGUGAAAAGACUGGACGGCUGUAUCUAUGCCAUAAAACGCUCCAAGAAGCCACUGGCCGGUUCUGUUGACGAGCAGAAUGCUCUCCGGGAGGUCUAUGCUCAUGCAGUGCUUGGACAGCAUCCCCACGUGGUCAGGUACUACUCUGCCUGGGCAGAAGAUGACCACAUGCUAAUCCAGAAUGAAUACUGCAAUGGUGGUAGCCUGUCUGACGUCCUCAUGGAGAACUACAGAAGUAUGCGCUAUUUCACUGAAAUGGAUUUGAAGGAUUUACUUCUGCAAGUGGCCCGGGGACUGAAAUAUAUUCACUCAACAGCACUGGUACACAUGGAUAUUAAACCUAGUAAUAUCUUCAUAUCCAGGAAGACUGUACCAUGUGUGGAUGACUGUGAUGAUGAUGAUGGUUUAUCCACAAGUGUUGUGUACAAAAUAGGAGAUCUUGGCCAUGUGACACGGAUAAGCAAUCCACAGGUUGAGGAGGGAGACAGCCGAUUUUUGGCGAAUGAAGUUCUACAAGAGGACUACCGCAACUUAACAAAAGCUGAUAUUUUUGCCCUGGCAUUGACUGUAAUAAGUGCUGCAGGAGCUGAACCAAUGCCUUCUAAUGGUGACAAGUGGCAUGAAAUACGGCAAGGAAAACUCCCGAGAAUGCCUCAAGUUCUGUCUUUGGAAUUCUUGGAGUUAUUAAAGUUGAUGAUCCACCCGGAUCCAGAGCGGAGACCCUCUGCUUCAGCCCUGAUCAAACACCCAGUGCUGCUCACUGCUGCUCGAAUGAGUGCAGACCAGCUCCGAGUUGAACUCAAUGCUGAAAAGUUCAAAAAUGCACUUUUGCAGAAAGAGCUGAAGAAGGCACAGAUGGCUAAAGCUGCAGCAGAAGAGCGGGUGUUGUUCACAGACAGAAUGAUGACCAGGUCGACAGCACAGACAACUAGUAACAGGACCUCAAGGCUAAUUGGAAAGAAAAUGAAUCGUUCGGUUAGCCUUACGAUUUAUUGAAGUGGACUGAAAUCCCCGCAAAGGGAAAGUUUGUGUUGGACCAAGGUCUGCAAUGCCUUAGGAUGAAGGCAGAGUACGUUUGAUAAAACUGCUGUACUUUCUUUGGUAGUGCUUACUAUUGGGUACGUGUAAACUGCAGUUAAGUGAAUCUAGAACUAAAACUCAACACUCGGUCAUUGCUGCCCUUGAGAGUUUAGGGAUGUAACAUCCCCAGCAUAUGUGGGUGCUCUUCAAACCUUCACUAUCAAAAUAAUGUACUAGAAGCUUUUUGUUCUCAUUGUGAGGGAAUUAAAAGUUAACAGUAGAUAUUUGCACCUUUUACAGCCUGUGAAAAUACCUGACCUCGGGUAAUAUAUUUGAUAAACCAGUUUUUAUGAAAAAAUAUCAAAUUGAGCACUUUGUAGGCAAUGAUGAAGCCUUGGAAUUUAUUUUCUUGGUGACCUUGCCAUAUGAAACCUGCUGCUAUUAGUGUUUUGUUUGUAACUGUAGCAUUAAAAACAAUCACUUCCAGGUUAUUAGGCUUUCUUAAGUAUGUGAAUAAUGCAACUGUCUUUUAGCUGUUUUUAUAAGAUUUUAUUUUUGUCUUUGUUGCAGUAUACUCUGUAGUUUCAUACUUUCUCAGUGUAUCAUACUGUCUAAACUAGUGUAUAAUAGUUUUUUCAGCUUUGUACAAACUGUCCUAAAUCCAGUAAAUAUAAAGAUUUUCAAAGCUG